UCAGCUUUCCGUAUGGCUAGGUUUUCAUAUGCAAAAUAUGUUUAAUUGUAACGAUUACACUCACUUCUAGUGCCCUUGGAGUUACAAAUAUAGUUUUUAAUGUAUCUGCAAAGUUGGACGGCCUAGUGUUCAUCGUAUCUCGUUUUGAUCUGUUUGCUCGUCUCUGGAUGGAGUCCAGGGCUUGGAGCGAGCAGAUAAAAAUGACGCCGGAUUUUCAGCCGCAUUCAAAGAUAGAACUGCCGGCAAUAGUGUCUGUAGGAGCAUGCUUUUUUAUGUCAACAAUUUAUGUGGCUAGUCUGUAUGUAUGGAGAUCGAGGCAUGACCGAGAUCAUCCCGACACUAUAAAAAGACGGUUUUUUAGUGUGUUUAUAGUGAUGCUGGUAUCACCAGUGUUUGUAUGGAUUCUUACGUGUGAAGGGGUUUUCCAGAAGUACACUAUGUGGCAGAUAAUGGGUUUUCGGUCGGAAGGAUUGCUGACUGCUAUUUGUUUGCCAUUAUUGCUAACUUCGAUCUUGUUUCUUGGGCCUUUAAGUGUUACCCUCACCAAUGGCGUCUGGCGUAUUUAUUCGGAGCCGAUGUAUUGGAUUAAUGCGGUACAAAAUUUAAUGUGGCUCCGAAAUCAUUUGGUUGCUCCGCUCUCUGAAGAGUUCACCUUCCGUGCCUGUAUGUUGCCACUACUAUUGCAAACUUUUCAACCACGAGUGGCCAUGUUUAUUACACCCUUGCUGUUUGGGUUAGCUCAUCUUCAUCAUAUCAAAGAACGCCUGCGAGACGGAAAAGCACUUAAAGUUGUUCUCACUGUGUCAUUCUUCCAAUUUUUUUAUACCACAAUUUUUGGCAUAUAUUCGGCGUACUUGUUUAUUCGAUCAGGACAUUUUGCGGCACCAUUUGUAGCUCACGCUUUUUGUAAUCAUAUGGGUUUUCCGGAUUUACAAGAAGUUUUACAGCAGAAUGAGCGUCGAAAAGCGAUUUUUCUCGCACUAUAUUUGCUUGGGUUAAUCGGGUGGAUUCUGUUACUACAGAUAUUAACUACACCGAGUUGGUACGCCAACAACCUUUUCUGGGCUGGAGACGUUUGAGGGCAUUACGUUACUAAAAAUAUCUGCCAUAUGUUAGAAAUUAAUUAUCAGUGCAUUAAGUCAAUUCGCAUGUUAAUAUUUGAUGUUUAUCUAGAAUGCAUUUUUUGGUAUAGGCUAAGGUUUUGUAAUAAUUAUUGCAAAUCGCAGCUUUAUUCGAUAGUAAAAAAUAUAAAACAAAAAAAA